AGGGAAGGAAGUAGUGACGAGCUAGUCAGACUACGAGACAGGGCAGGAACUACAAUUCCCAGCAGGCUGAGGGGCCGCGGAUGGCGGCCGCGAAGGAGAGCGGGCAGAGCAGCCCUGCGCGCGCGGCGGGGAUGGAACGUUACUAGAGUUCGCGGGUCUAGCUAUUAGGGACUGGAGCUGCACGCCUGGAGCCUCCGCGCGCCAAAGCGGGAAUCCGGUAGGCGGGCAGCUCUGCAAUUAAUGCACGUAUUUAAAACUCCCGAACCUGUGGACGCCAUGCACAGGAAGCACCUCCAGGAGAUUCCGGACCAGAGUAGCAACGUUACCACCAGCUUCACGUGGGGAUGGGAUUCCAGCAAGACUUCUGAACUGCUCUCAGGCAUGGGGGUCUCUGCCCUUGAGAAGGAGGAGGUGGACAGUGAGAACAUACCCCAGGAACUGCUCUCAAACCUGGGCCACCCGCAGAGCCCCCCAAGGAAACGGCUGAAGAGCAAAGGGAAUGACAAAGACUUUGUGAUCGUCCGCAGGCCUAAACUAAAUAGAGAGAACUUUCCGGGUGUUUCAUGGGACUCUCUUCCGGACGAGCUGCUUUUGGGCAUCUUUUCCUGUCUGUGCCUCCCUGAGCUGCUAAAGGUCUCCAGUGUUUGUAAGAGAUGGUAUCGCCUAGCGUUUGAUGAGUCUCUAUGGCAGACCCUGGACCUCACAGGUAAAAAUCUGCACCCAGACGUGACUGGUCGGUUGCUGUCUCGAGGGGUGGUUGCCUUCCGCUGCCCACGAUCAUUUAUGGACCAACCAUUGGUUGAACAUUUCAGCCCUUUUCGUGUACAGCACAUGGACCUGUCAAACUCGGUCAUAGAUGUGUCUACCCUCCACGGCAUUCUGUCUCAGUGCUCCAAGUUGCAGAAUCUAAGCCUGGAAGGCCUGCGGCUUUCGGAUCCCGUUGUCAAUAAUCUCGCGCAGAACUCAAAUUUAACACGACUAAACCUUUCUGGGUGUUCUGGGUUCUCUGAAUCUGCCCUGAAGACUUUGCUAAGCAGCUGUUCCAGAUUGGAUGAGCUGAACCUCUCCUGGUGUUAUGACUUCACUGAAAAGCACGUGCAAGUUGCUGUCGCGCACGUAUCAGACACCAUCACCCAGCUGAAUCUUAGUGGCUACCGAAAGAAUCUCCAGAAAUCAGAUGUCUCUACUUUAGUUAGAAGAUGUCCCAAUCUUGUCCACCUAGACUUAAGUGAUAGUGUCAUGCUAAAGAAUGACUGCUUUCAGGAAUUUUACCAGCUCAACUACCUCCAACACCUAUCACUCAGUCGAUGCUAUGAUAUAAUACCAGAAACUUUACUUGAACUUGGAGAAAUUCCCACACUGAAAACACUACAAGUUUUUGGAAUCGUGCCAGAUGGUACCCUUCAACUGUUGAAGGAAGCCCUUCCUCAUCUACAGAUUAAUUGCUCCCAUUUCACCACCAUUGCCAGGCCAACUAUUGGCAACAAAAAGAACCAGGAGAUAUGGGGCAUCAAAUGCCGACUGACACUGCAAAAGCCCAAUUGUCUAUGAAGUAUUUAUUGCAGAAUGGUGUCUCCUCUUUUUUUUUUGGAACAGGAAAAAUAAGCAGGAAGCCCAAUUGGUGGAAUACUCAGCUAGUUUUAUUCUUGGUUUUCCCUUUGUCUUCAUUCUGCAAGUAUAUUAGGGAACCAUUUGAGAGGGAAAACUAUGAAGUGUUGCUUUUUGAAAUGACUAUAAAAGCUUCUGUCACUGCUAUGUUCUUAAGAGCCAAAGUUCUAGGCCUUAUGAAAUUUUAGGAGAGUGAGCCUAUAAUUUCAAGAUACUUUAAAGGACAAAAUUUGAGCCACCUCUUCCAAGUGUGCUUCUUAAGUCUAUUCAGAAUCAAGCUUAAAAAUUACCACUGGCAAAUAAUCUUCAUAGCCUAUGUGGUAUCUUUUA